UCUGUGAGCACUUGAAGGAGAGUUUAUUCAUUGGAAAUUCAUCUCAAGAUAAAUUUCAUCAUGGAAAUAUUCAUCAUUUUGAUGGAUGGGACAUCCCGCAUACUGAAGGUCAACCCACAUCACACAGUGGGUCAUUUGAAAAAGUGCAUCGAAAAAGAGAUGGGAUUCCCUGUUUCGAUGCAGAAGCUGAUCUUCAAAAACGGCCAAAGCACCCAUCUGAACGACGACUCCAGGAUGCUGAGCUCCUACAGCAUGCAGCCGGGCUCCCAGGUGUACCUGUUGAUCACUGAGCCGCCAACCCAGCCCUCUACCUUCGAGGUUUUCCUGAAAAAUGAACAGGGGAUAUCCAGCACCUAUGAUAUCACAGAGAAGGAGACUGUGGCGAACUUCAAGAGAAGAGUGCAGGAAAGAGAAGGGGUUCCUGCAAAGCAGCAGAGGUUGAUCCAUGAAGGUGUAGAGAUGCAGGGUGGAAAACUGACUGACUACAACGUCAGGGAGCUGAGCACCAUCUUCAUGACUUUGCGUCUGAGAGGAGGCUGAGGACACGACAUGAAAAACUUUCUAGUUUAUUUUUUUUGUUUUGUAAUUACAUUUAUCCUAAAUUGUUCUCAACUGUUGUUCCUUUUACAUGUAUUAAU